AUGAUUGUGCGACCAGCAGCUCAAGCGACGUGCAAGGCCGGCGCCGCGGCCGCAUCCCGAUCCGCUCCUACCACCGCCACAUCCAUUCUCUCUUCUCGAUCACAGCAACGCACCUUUGCCACUGUUCAAGAAGGAACUCCACAGCGGAAGUACGGUGGUCUGAAAGAUCAAGAUCGGAUAUUUCAGAAUCUCUACGGUCAUCAUGGUGCUGACCUGAAGAGCGCUCAGAAAUAUGGUGAUUGGUACAAGACGAAGGAAAUCCUCCUCAAAGGCCACGACUGGAUCAUCAACGAGAUCAAAGUAUCCGGGCUACGAGGGCGAGGAGGAGCAGGUUUUCCAUCAGGGAUGAAAUGGUCAUUCAUGAAUUUCAAAGAUUGGGACAAAGACAACAAGCCUCGCUAUCUGGUAGUCAACGCCGAUGAAGGGGAGCCUGGAACGUGCAAGGAUCGCGAGAUCAUGCGCAAACACCCACACCAGCUCGUCGAAGGAUGCCUGAUAGCUGGCCGAGCCAUGAAUGCCACAGCCGCUUAUAUCUAUAUCCGGGGAGAGUUCUAUCAGGAAGCCACUGUUCUACAAAGAGCUAUCCAGGAAGCGUAUAAAGAGGGCCUCAUUGGCAAGAACGCUUGCGGCAGCGGCUACGACUUUGACAUUUAUCUGCACCGAGGCAUGGGGGCGUAUGUUUGUGGUGAGGAAACCUCCCUUAUCGAGUCCCUCGAGGGUAAGCCAGGCAAGCCACGAUUGAAGCCCCCCUUCCCUGCUGCGGUCGGACUCUUUGGAUGCCCGUCAACGGUGGCCAAUGUUGAAACAGUAGCCGUGGCGCCAACCAUUUGUCGACGGGGCGGAAAGUGGUUUGCGGGUUUUGGGCGCGAGCGAAAUCAGGGAACGAAGCUGUUUUGCGUCUCAGGUCAUGUGAACAAUCCAUGUACUGUGGAAGAAGAGAUGUCCAUACCUCUCCGUGAGCUGAUUGACAGGCACUGCGGUGGAGUUCGAGGGGGCUGGGACAACCUCCAAGCUAUUAUUCCAGGUGGCUCUUCUACACCAAUCCUGCCAAAGAAGCUUUGUGAUGAUCAGUUGAUGGACUUUGAUGCUCUCAAGGACAGUCAGUCGGGUCUGGGCACGGCCGCAGUCAUCGUUAUGGACAAGAGCGCGGACGUGGUCCGCCUGAUCGCAAGACUUUCGGCCUUCUACAAGCACGAGAGCUGUGGUCAGUGCACCCCUUGCAGAGAAGGUAGUGCAUGGGCAAUGCAGAUGAUGCAGCGAUUUGAGAAGGGCCAAGCAAGGGCACGAGAGAUCGACAUGCUCCAAGAACUGACCAAGCAGGUGGAAGGACAUACUAUCUGCGCGCUCGGCGAAGCUUUCGCAUGGCCUAUUCAAGGCCUAAUCAGGCAUUUCCGGCCACAACUCGAAGAGAGGCUCAAGGGCUAUGCGCAGAAGGCAGGAGGUGAAGCACUUGCUGGUGGUUGGGAACAUGAUGCAUCAAAGGAGGGUCAUUUGAUUGCUCCGGGUCAAUAA